AGCGCAGAAAAAGAGAAGCCAGCCAGCUCCAUGGCAGCGUCUCAGCGUGUAGGCUCCGCCUCCUGUUGAGCUGCCUUUGAGCCGGGGAGGGAGCGGCAGCACUUCAAGAUGCGCUGCCUGACCACACCCUUGCUGCUGCGGGCCCUGGCCCAAGCUACAAGCACAGGAUAUUCCAGUGGCCGGAGUCUACACAGCAGCACAGUGGCAGCCACCUACAAGUAUGUGAACGUGCAGGAGCCUGAGAUGGACAUGAGGGCAGCAACUGACCGGGCAGCACGCACCCUGCUGUGGACUGAGCUCAUUCGAGGCCUGGGUAUGACCCUGAGCUACCUGUUCCGGGAGCCAGCCACCAUCAACUACCCAUUUGAGAAGGGUCCUCUGAGCCCACGCUUCCGAGGGGAGCAUGCACUACGCCGUUACCCAUCUGGGGAGGAGCGUUGCAUUGCCUGCAAGCUCUGUGAGGCCAUCUGCCCUGCACAGGCCAUCACCAUCGAGGCUGAGCCAAGGGCAGAUGGUAGCCGCCGGACCACACGCUACGACAUUGACAUGACCAAGUGCAUCUACUGCGGCUUCUGCCAAGAGGCCUGCCCCGUGGAUGCCAUCGUUGAGGGCCCCAACUUUGAGUUCUCCACGGAGACGCACGAGGAGCUGCUGUACAACAAGGAGAAGCUGCUCAACAAUGGGGACAAGUGGGAGGCAGAGAUCGCUGCCAACAUCCAGGCUGACUACCUAUACCGGUGAUGCCUCCUCCCUGUCUGCGUGGCCCGCAGUCUCUGCUGCCCAGUAAAACAGCUUCAACACCUCCA